AUACAAUAAUCAUUAAAUAUAUUUCUGAAUGAACUGGAGGAAAUGAAAGGGACCUCUCUAGAUUCAGGUCCAAGAUGGUAUUCUUAUUCAAUGGCCUUUUCCCUGGUACUGGGUAUAUAUGGAUGUUUCCUAUCCUUUGGAUAUGUACUGGAAAAACUCCUUAAGUUUAAACUUCAUGAUUUACAAACAUACAGCUAUCCUUUGUUUAUCGUAUCUGUUACAUCAGGGGCGAAUCUAUUAAUGAGUGUAAUCUUGAUUUUUUUGCAUGACUAUUACCCUAGAAAUGGAAAGAAAAGAAAUGAGAAGACAUUGUUAAGUAUACUUACACCAAAAAUGGCAUUUCGUUUGUCUAUAUCGUCACUAUUUUGUGUGCUCGCGCAGAUAACGUCAACGUAUGCUCUACCUCAAGUUGGAAUACCGACACAGGUAAUCAUUAAGAGCUCAAAAAUGGUACCUAUAUUGAUAGGUGGAUAUGUGUUAUUCAAAAAACGCUAUCCUUGGUAUGAUUACUUUGCAGUGCUCACAAUCACAUUCUCUUUAAUUCUGUUUAACUUUGGAAGGGUUGCAAGCUUUGAAGGUGGAAAAAAUACCACUCUGGGAGUUCUAUUGUGUUUCGCAUCUUUGAUGUGUGAUGGGCUGGUUGGUCCUAUCCAGGAUGAUGUUCUUUCAAAGAAUGAUUUACAUCCAUAUGUACUGAUGUUCAUAACAAAUGCGAUUUCUCUACCAUUUGCGGCUGUUACUUCAUUUGUAUUUGAAGGUUAUAUGCCUAUAUACCAUCUGAAACUGAACGUGUACGUUGCUAAACUGCUAUCACUACUCGCACUAACCGGUAGCUUUGGUCAAUUAUUUGUUUUACUCUCAAUCAAGAGUUAUGGGAGCUUGUAUACAGGAGUUAUAACUACACUGAGAAAGGCUAUAAGUACCAUGCUAUCAGUCUAUCUGUUUAAUCAUAGACUCACAUUAUACCAAUGGAUUGCAAUGGCGAUCACAUUUUCCACUAUACUCAUGCAACAAGUGUUCCGCAACUUGUAUAAGAAGAAAAAGGUACAUGUAAAGUAAAUAACUGUUUGAAAUGUUCA